UAGAGAACUCACGAGACUUCUAUAUCAUUGUUCUACAGUGAGUCUUCAUUUCUCAUCGAUCAUGAUCUCCGUUGUAAUCAUUACUGAGCUACUAGUGGAGUACACGACAUCUCUCGUCAAACUCGCCGCUGGUAUUCUUCCGAGGCGGCAAAGCGACGGAAACUUCAUAAGGAUUGGGAAUUUCUCCAUGUAUUGUCCUCCUAGAUCAUCGCCGGUUCCAGAUUUCUCUUCCCAUCUCGUCGAUUUUUGAUCUGUGACUAUUGAAUAUGAGUGACAGCUGAGGAUUUUUUUUUGUUCUCCCUUUUGGAUCAUUGAGCAAGCUAGAGAUUUGUAAACCUCAAUUAUCUUGUUUUUUUUUUACUUUAACUUUUCUACUACUAACUCUUUCUCCAUGUCAUCAUAUUCGAUUUUUGUUGUCUUUAAAGUAAUUAUGAUUUUGUAUUUUUAUUGAAUUAUACAAUAAAAAUUAUGAUUUUGAUUUCUUGAUGGUUCUUGUUUUUUUUCCUUAGUGUAUGAUAAUUGAUAAUCUGUUAUGAUAAUUGACAAUCUGUUGUACUCUGUCCAAUUGAUAAUUGACCCGGCCAGUGAUGACUUUGAGGCGUUGGUCUCUUUUUGGUUGUUAUGAGUAAUGACAUGGGG